CCUUUUUUGAAGGAGCUGUGGGAGGCAAGAAGAAAGUAUCUGAUAAUCGAUGAAGUUCUGUCAACUUGCUUUUGGUUCCAGUCAGUAGAUGUUUAAUUUGUGAAAUCCAUCUCUUCCUGAAAAACGUGGUAGAGGAUAACGUCUUUGUGUCACGUUGCCCCCUUUUUGACGGGAUCAAAAUGGAGACUUGUUUCUACAGACCAUUUUCUGGUCAUCCUGGAGAUGCUCUGUGUCUGUGCUACGGAUGUUCCUUAACAGCAUUCUGCUUCACAGAGCUGUCGGCUCAUUUUUGCUCAGAGACUUGUGUUUUGUUGUAGGGAUUUACUUUUUGUUAUUUUCUUUGAACAUGGCUACCUGCUUUGCAGAAAUCAGUGGUUCUGAGCCUGGGGGACCUCAGUUCUCCUGGACCCAGGAAGAGAGUCAUCCUGGUGGAGAAGAAGUGCUAAGGGAACAAGCUGGAGGGGAUGCUACUGAAAACUUUGAGGAUGUCGGGCACUCUACAGAUGCUAGAGAAUUGUCCAAAACGUACAUCAUUGGAGAGCUUCAUCCGGAUGACAGAUCAAAGAUAAUCAAACCUUCGGCUUAAGUUCAAUGUUGGUGAUCCGAAUACCUUGGGAAGAUAAGAAAUGGACUUCAGAAUUUGAAUUGCCUCUGUAACAGUUGCUGCCUCUGUAACAGUCCCUGUUGUUCAUUCAUACGACAUUAGCAGCUUUUGGGGGGCUACUUUUGUUUGGGGCAGGUGAAAUCCUGUGAUGCAUGUGGUUUUUGCUUUUUCUCCACAGUCUCUCAGGGAACAAAUACAUUUUUUUUUCCUGUUA